AUUUUGGUAGAGGAAGCAAGCAAGCAUGGUGAGGAAGUAGAACCCAACACUGUCCCAAUAACCCCACCAAACCCAACCGCAAAUGAAAACCCCACACAUCUUCCAUCUCCGCCGCUGCUUCGCCACAAAGUACACCGCCAGGAUCACCUCCACCGCCCCCACUGGCCGCUCCCUCGCGGCGGAGGUGACUCCGCCACCGCCCCUCCCCUCCGACCCGCGAGGCUACCUCCUCCCCCGCCGUGACCUCAUCUGCAAAGCCACCCAAAUCCUCCUCUCCCCUCCGCCGUCCUCCUUCUCCGACCCCUUCUCCGACCUCUCCGAUUACCUCCAGUCUCUCUCCUUCUCUCUCUCCCCCCUCGAAGCCUCCGAAAUACUGAAAAACCUGAAGAGCCCUUCGCUCGCCCUCAAAUUCUUCCACUUCUGCCCCUCCCUCUCCCCCGAUUUCCGUCAUGAGUCCUUCACCUACAACCGCCUCUUCCUCAUUCUCUCCAAGUCCACCAACCCAGCUCGCUUCGACCAGGCCCGCGACCUCCUCAGCCACAUGCACCGCCAUGCCGUCCGCGGCUCCAUUUCCACUGUCAACAUCCUCGUCGGCUUCUUCGGCUCUGGCGAGGACUUGGAACGCUGCGUUGCACUCGUCAAGAAGUGGGACCUCAGACUCAACGCUUACACCUACAAGUGCUUGCUCCAAGCCUACUUGAGGUCCCGGGAUUCUUCUACUGCUUUUCAGGUUUAUCGGGAUAUGAUUAGGCGUGGGUAUAAGUUGGACAUUUUUGGCUACAACAUGCUUUUGGAUGCUUUGGCCAAGGAUGAGAAGGUGGAUAAAGCAUAUAAAGUUUUCGAGGAUAUGAAGCGGAGAUAUUGUGAGCCAGAUGUGUUCACUUAUACUAUUAUGAUCAGAAUGACUGGGAAAGCAGGCAAAACUGAGGAGUCGCUGGCGUUUUUCCAAGCAAUGCUAGCAAAAGGCUGUACUCCUAAUUUGAUUGGUUAUAAUACUAUGAUUGAGGCGCUUGCCAAAGGGCGAAUGGUUGACAAGGCCAUUCUGCUUUUCUCUAAGAUGGUGGAGAACGAUUGUCAGCCUAAUGAGUUCACGUACAGUGUGAUUUUGAAUCUUCUGGUUGCUGAGGGGAAGCUUAAUGAGCUAGACAAUAUUGUUGAUAUAUCAAAGAAAUAUAUUAACAAGCAGAUAUAUUCAUACUUCGUUAGGACUUUAAGCAAAUUGGGUCAUGCUUCGGAAGCACAUAGGUUAUUUUGUAACAUGUGGAACUUUCAUGACAAGGGUGACAAAGAUGCUUGUAUGUCCAUGUUGGAGAGUUUAUGCAGUGCUGGCAAAAUGACAGAAGCCAUAGACCUUCUGAAUAAAAUUCAUGAAAAGGGUAUAACCACUGAUACUAUUAUGUAUAAUACGGCAUUCACAGCUCUUGGCAGGUUGAAACAAAUAUCACAUAUUCAUGAUCUUUAUGAAAAGAUGAAACAGGAUGGUCCCCCACCAGAUAUAUUUACAUACAAUAUUUUGAUCUCCAGCUUUGGCAGGGCUGGAAGAGUAGACAUUGCUGUUAAAUUUUUUGAAGAACUAGAGAAUAGUGAUUGUAAGCCUGAUGUCAUUUCCUAUAACUCUUUGAUCAAUUGCCUUGGAAAGAAUGGGGAUAUUGAUGAAGCUCACAUGAGAUUUAAAGAGAUGCAAGAGAAAGGAUUAAAUCCUGAUGUUGUGACCUAUAGCACACUUAUUGAGUGCUUUGGCAAGACGGAUAAAGUUGAGAUGGCAUGUAGGUUGUUUGAUGAAAUGCUUGCUGAAGAAUGCACUCCUAACUUGAUCACGUAUAAUAUUUUGCUUGACUGUCUUGAAAGGUGUGGAAGAACUGCUGAGGCAGUGGACCUUUAUUCAAAACUUAAGCAGCAAGGGUUGACACCAGAUUCAAUUACGUAUACAGUGCUCGAGCGAUUGCAAAGUGGUGGACAUGGGAAGUUGAGAUUUCGGCGACAGAAUCCUAUUACAGGCUGGGUUGUUAGCCCUUUAAGAUGAUAGAGGAACAAAGUAAUUGUUGUUCAUUGUGCUUACACAGGUUUCUUCUAAUGCUAUUUAAUCUACGAUAGCGGUGUGAUUUCCAAGCAUUUUAUGAUUAUGGCCAUCGAUGAACUUGGUUGCAACCAGUCGCCACUGCUUGAAGACCUGUGAUUGCAGUAUGGUCGAGAUUCGGUGGACUAGGAUGUUUGUUGGGUAACACACUAAAACAUUCCUUCCUUGGGGAUUUUGGACUUUGCCCUUGGGUGUUCAAUGAAGAAGGGUAUCAUUCUUUGUCAUAGGGUCUGUUUCAACUUCAUAUAAUAACAGAGACACCAUCUUAGGCAGGAAAAAUUGGGGGGAAAAGACUUACAUAGUUUUAUCCAUUCAUACAUAAAUAGUGAGAGAAAACUUUAUGGGUGAAACAUCACUUAUUUUUCCUAGGUUUUAUAUUGGUGAUUCUUGUACUUCUAGCCAUUUACUAACCGAUUAUUUAUUUACAUCAAAAGACAAUAACUUGCUUUCUUCUAGCAUACCUUUUUUUUUUUUUGAGUGAGGAUGAUAUUGUAUAGUGUAAAUUACAGGAAUUGAAAUGAAAUAUUCUACCAUUUUACACCUUCUCUAA